AACAAAAAAAAAAAAAUAUUAUUAUUGCCAAAUUGCCAGAGGACAGCAGUUAACGGUAACAAAAGCUGCAGCAGCGCCGACGUUGCUUUAACUGCGUGAGCGUGCGUAAGUGCGUGCCACUACGUAUGUGUGUGUGAGUGUGUGAGUGCGUUGUGAUGGGCGGGGGCAUAUACCAUAUGUGGGCGUGGGCGUGUGGGCCUGUAAAGGGAAACGCUCGUGCUUUUUUUGCGGUCGCGCGUGUUUAAUUAAUCAUAAAAUAUUCAUCUAAAUGCAAAUGGCCGACGACCAUUUUAAGAAAUAAACAAUAAAUGUGAAACAGAAAUGCCACAUAAAUACAUAGGAAACUAAACAACAAACGCAAAUUCAAACCAUAAAACGAAAAAAAAGCAAACAAAAGAACUCUCUUCCAAAUCCUUAUCAAGGAUUGGCAACUUGCCGUCGGCAAUUCAUUUCAAAUCAGUAAAAGAACUCAAAGUGGAUAACUGAGAUAACUCAAAACUCAAACGGAACUAAGGGAGAAGAGUCUUGUCCAUGAAGCAGCCGCCAUUGUGAGAUCGGUGGCCACCCGAUCUGGCUAAGCUACCGAUCCGGCAGAGGAUAAUAUUAUGUGUUCAAUAUUUCGCAAUCGCAUUAAUUAUCGUGGCCCAAAGAGUGGAGGUGGCUCGGUCACGGGCUCUGGCUCUGUCUCCGCCUCAGGUGGUGGUGGAGGGACCGACGGCGAUAGCCUCUUGGCCAAGGAGCUGGAUGCAGAUAGUAAUAAUAAUGCAAGUGUCCAGCAGUCAACAACGCCAGAUGAUGAUGAGCUGGAAAUGGACUCGCCAGAGAUGGCGGAGGCAUCCGCCUCCGCAUCAGAGGAGCCUAUGGACAACAGUAAUGAGGCCUUGGAUCUGUCGGUGAUUUCAGGAAAUCGUUUGGCCUCGAGCGGGCAUGUGGCCUUGGAAGCUUUACAACAUACCAAAGUGGCAGUGGCCCAAUUUGCGGCUACAACUCAUGCCAACGAUCUGGCCAUGGUCCAGUCUACUAUAUUCAAUGUGCAGAGGCAGCAUCUGAUGCAGCUGCAGCUCAUCCAGCAUCUACAGAGUCAAUUGAAGCGAGCAGGAGGCAUCCUUUCCCGGCAGCAGGAUGAGCGAGAUGAGGAAGAUGACACACGGAAUGAAGAGCAAGAGGAUAACGAACAGGAGGAGAAUCACCAGCCAGAGGAAACUCCAAAAGUCAACGGCUUGGCAUUAGAUGAGAAAGUUAAUAAGGAGAGGUUAAUUGAUAAAGAUGACGAGGAGAGUUCAAAGACUGAUAAGGCAGAUGUAGAUGGAGGAGUAGUAGGAAAAGGAACAGGUACAGGCGAGCGUGAUAACAGCCAAAUGAUCGCCCCUUUAAUGUGCGACAUUAGUUCGAGUCUAGCAUCGAGUAUAAUAACUAAUCAUGAUCCUCCCCCGGCACCGAAUGAACCCAAUUGCCUGGAAAUGUUGCAACGUCGCACCGAAGAGGUUUUGGAUUCUGCUUCGCAAAGUCUACAUGCUGCCCAAAUGCAAGAGGAGUACUCGGAAUAUGCCUCGAAAGAGGCUCAGAGCCGAGGCGAGAUAUUCAAACAUCGCUGCAAAUAUUGCGGCAAAAUCUUUGGCAGCUACUCAGCCCUGCAGAUUCACUUGCGAUCACACACUGGAGAGCGUCCUUUUCAUUGCAACGUUUGUGGCAGUAAAUUCACCACCAAGGGCAAUCUAAAGGUUCAUUAUCAGCGGCAUACACAGAUCUUUCCACCUAUGCUUAUGCCGCCAGUAGUGGUCAAUGGAGUUGGUCCAGGAGGCAUAGCACAAGGAUUGCCUCCACCGCCUCCUCCAUCUGUGGAACACCUAAGUAUGCGUCUGCCCUUUGUUCCUCCUAUGCCGCCUCCCGUAGAGCAAACAAAUGAAAGGGAGCCGUUACAGCACCAGGACGAACAGGACAAGGAGAAAGAAAAGGAGAAGAUCGAGCCUGAGAAAGAGCAAGAAAUGGAAGAAAUGCGCGGGAUUGAGGAGCCAAUGCAGCAGGCUGAGGAUUUGAGUAAACCAUUUCGAGAGAAAGAAAAAUCCGUUUCCCCCGUUGAGCUGGUAGUAAAGUCACCCAAAUGUCACACAGAAAAAACGGAAAGUGUACCAGAAAAGGCAGAAUUGAUACCCAAGUCACCAUCUCUUAGCCGACGAAAUGGGAAUAGCCUUCGCAAACGGCACUCCACUCCAAAUACUCCGCCCGGAGGUGGCGAUCUUCACCCUCAUCUUCAAGUUGGAGAUUUGGAUCUUCAUAUGGCCGCCGCUGCAAAGAUAGUGCGACGAUCUAGUCGUGAGGCGCCUGCUGAGUACUCUCUAGCCCAAAUGGAACGCAUUAUUGACAAAUCCUGGGAGGAUCUAAUUGAGAUUGAUAAGACCUCAGAGACCUCCAAACUGCAACAGUUGGUGGACAACAUUGAGAAUAAGUUAACCGAUCCCAAUCAGUGCAUUUUUUGCCAGAAGGUCAUGUCCUGCCGUAGUUCGCUGCAAAUGCAUAUCCGCACCCACACAGGCGAAAGACCCUUCCGUUGCAAAAUCUGCGGACGAGCUUUUGCCACAAAGGGUAAUCUAAAGGCUCAUAUGAGCAUUCACAAGAUCAAACCACCAAUGAGAAGUCAAUUUAAGUGCCCCGUAUGCCAUCAAAAGUUUUCAAAUGGCAUCAUAUUGCAACAACACAUAAGAAUCCAUACUUUAGAUGAUGGUGGGGUAGCAGGAGGAGCAGGACUUGUUCCUGGACAAAACGAUAUGUCAGCUUUGGCAAUGGAAGAUCAAAAUUCCCAAAAGUCAUUGGGAACUUCAGAUACUUUGGAUUUCUCAACCACCAUUUCGGAUCAUUCGGGUCAGCGAUCAGAAUCAUCGCAAGGAGGAGAUUUUGAUGAAUUUAUGACUAUGGACAGUACAGACGAUUCGCGAGAUAAUUCGAGCAUUGCCACUGCCACCCCUCUGCCGCUCGAUAAAGAAAAAGAGAGACGCGGUGAGCCUAGCGAUGAGCGAUCUAAUCCCGAUCUGGUCACUAAUGAAAUGCCCGCCAUGGAUCUAUCUUCACCACGUCUGUUUGGUGGGGCUAACGGAAGUGGAGGAACCUCAGCUGGUUCUGGAACAGGAGGAGGUGGUGGAGCUAUGCUUGGCCUGCCCAUGCCACCAAAUCUUCUGCUCAUGGCCGCUGCUCGCGAGGAAAUGCAUGCCAAAUUCCCGUUGCUGCCAUUCGGCCCUCUUGGAUUUAUGGGUCUGCAUCCGCCUCCAAAUGUGUGCAAUUUAUGCUUCAAAAUGUUGCCCAAUUUGGCAGCAUUGGAGAAUCAUCUGCAGAGUGAACAUGCCAAAGAAAUUUCAUCAGGAAUGGGAACAGGAAACGGAACGGGAACAAAUCGUUCGGCCUGUAACGAAACAUCUGGAUCACCCUAUCACGGGGCCAAGCUUACUCUCAAUCCAAAUCUGUUUGCCAAAAAGCCGCUUCCAAUUCCAAAUAACGACAAAUUGUCGGAAUCGGCUAAGUCGCGAGAGGAUACUCCCACACCCAACCCAGUUAAGGAGGAGCUCGAACAGGAUCCAAUCCAAAGCGAUGAAGGUGGUUGUGAUGGAGGAGCAGCUGGCUCUGGUUCAGGAUCUAGCUACAAUCAGGAGGCAGCUGAUGCCGAACAAUCCUUAAUGAAAAUGCAAUUACAUGCCCAUCGCUUUCCAGCAAGUCCCUUGGAUUUUCAGCAGGCCCUCAUGUCUGCUGGUCCACCCACUUCUAGCCUCGAUCCUCCUGUGAAUAAUAAACACUUUUGUCAUGUUUGUCGGCGAAACUUUAGUUCUAGUUCAGCUCUGCAGAUUCACAUGAGGACUCACACGGGCGAUAAACCCUUUCAAUGCAAUGUCUGCCAAAAAGCCUUCACAACCAAGGGCAAUCUCAAGGUACAUAUGGGCACCCACAUGUGGACGAAUCCCACCUCGAGGCGCGGUCGACGCAUGUCCCUGGAGUUGCCUAUGCGUGGAGGUCCUGGCGGACCUUGUGGACCCGGUAGUGCUGGACAGGCGGUCGAACAAGAGUUUAUGCAGCGACGACCUGAGAUUUUUUUUCCCUACCUGCCGCCUUUUUUCAAUGGACUGCCUCCAAAGCCUGGUGAACUAAGCCCAGGAGCUUUUGCCAAUAUACCGCCACCUCAUUUUUCAAAUGGUUCUAAAUACCCCUAUCCACCUGGUCUGCUGGCUUUCCCUGGCUUCCUGGGAGCAGCUGGCGGUCAGCAACCCUAUAAUCUGGAGCGACGCAGCAGCAGCAAGUCCCCCACACCCGAACCCAUGCAAAGUCCUCCUGCAAGGGAAGAUGAUAUUGGAGUUGGGCCUAUUUGGCAUCCACUCAGUCGCAUCAAAUCGGAGAAUAAUCAAAAUGAUAAUGCAGAUCGGGACAGCAGCAAUGUGGAUGAUGAAAAUCUGACAAAUCGUCCAGAAGAUGUUGAAGAAUCAGAGUCGCAUGACGAAGUAGUUGGUGAGAAGUAGCAAUCACAAUGUGGUUGAGACACAUGGUUUUUGUGGAGUACAUAUCGUGAGCAUAACCCUAAGCUUGAUCUAGCAAACACACACACACACAUCUAUAUAUACAUAGAAUAUACGAAUAUAUCCUUUGUGUCUAUAUUUAAAUAUAGAAAGAAAAAGAGAGAGUACGAUCUUCAAGGCAUUUAAAUGCAUUAAGUUUAGUGGAUAAGUUGUAAAAAAAAAAACAAAACGUUGCGAAAACGAAGGGGUAUUGAGGGGAAUAGAGAACUCAACAAUUGAGAACUGCAGAUCGAAGUUCCCCUUGAUUAAUUUUAUGGCUAUCUAUAGAAAUAUCUAUAAAAAAAUAAAACAUACACGUAACAUAAAACUGUGGUAGUUGCAUAUAUAAAAAAAAAACAAAA